GCUUUGUGAAAGAGGAAAAAGAUGAUUCUGUUUUCAUUCUUCUUUCUCUUCAUCCUUUAAACGUUACAACUCUUUUUUUUUCUUUUUUCUUUUUUGUUCCCAUAUAUAUAUAUAUAACUAUCAUCACCACUCACAUUUAAAACUUCUUUCUAUAAACCAAAAAAAUAAUUCUUACCCAAUUUUCCUUUUCAAAAACUGAAAAAAAAAAAACCCAUGUUGAAUCUUUAAUUUUGGUUCUAUAAAUCAACUUUUUUUCUUAUUAUUCUUUUGGUGUUCAUCAAGAAAUGAACUUUUUAGUCCCUUGUGUUGAACAAAGUCCUUGGAGUUUUAAUCAUGAAGAAAAUUUACGGAAGUUGAAAGAUGAAAUAGAGGAAGAAAAUUUAGUGGAUAUGAAGAAAAAUAAUAAUAAUAAUGGAGGAACAAAGUUAUGUGUUAGAGGACAUUGGAGACCACAUGAAGAUUCAAAACUUAGAGAACUUGUUGCUCAAUAUGGUCCACAAAAUUGGAAUCUCAUUGCUGAAAAACUUGAUGGAAGAUCAGGAAAAAGUUGUAGAUUGAGAUGGUUUAAUCAGCUAGAUCCAAGGAUCAACAGAAUGGCAUUUUCAGAGGAAGAAGAAGAAAGACUAUUAACAGCACACAAAAUGUAUGGCAACAAAUGGUCAAUGAUAGCUAGGCUAUUCCCAGGGAGGACAGACAAUGCAGUCAAGAAUCAUUGGCAUGUCAUAAUGGCAAGAAAACAUAGAGAACAAAACAGUGUGUAUAGAAGAAGAAAGAGUACUUCAUCAAAUUUGCAACAAAUUAUUGCUCCUAAUAAUAAUAAUAAUGAUAGUAUCAUCCAAAUUAAGAGCAAUAAUAUGCAAAGUGAUUUAACAAUUUCUAGCAACAAUUGCAACAACAACAACAUUAUUGUUGAUGAUCAUCAGUCAGCUUCAACUUGCACUGAUCUUUCCCUUACUCCCUCUUCUUCUAAACCCAUGUUUCCUCCUUUUCUCAUGACAAGAUUUACACAUCAUCAUCAUGUGGAGCAUCAAGGAUUUCUUGAUUCUAACAAAGGCAUGUUGUCAAGAGAUGAACAAGAGGUGAAAAUGGACCAAAAAUUCUUGUACGGAAAGGAGCCUAUUGAAAGUUACCAUCAUCAUCAUAAUCAUCAACAUUAUGGAUGUGGUAAUGUGUCAGAUACAAAUUCAGAAAUUUCUGCAUCAGAAUCAGUAGCCAACAACAUGACCAAUGUCAAGAUUUAUGGUCAUCAAAAUGAAGAAGAACAAGAUAUAAAAACUAUUCCCUUCAUUGAUUUUCUUGGAGUUGGAGCCACUUGAAAAACAGUGGGUUCUUACGGGUGCGGCCUUUUUGCUAAGGGAGUAGGAUAAAUUAGUUUGUAACUUGGUGAUUACUGCUUAUAAUUGCCUCUAAUUAUCUAUUAGAGUUAUUUUCUAUGAAUGGAAAUAAUAUAGAGAAAAAUGAAACAAAAAGGCUAUGAAGCAUAAGUGAUUAUAUAAGUUUUGAUAAGCAAACUUAAUUAAUCAAGUA